AUGCAGCACAUUGUGGGGACUGUGGUCAUGAUUUGCAUCGUGGUCGUAAACGGAGGCCGCAGGUGUGGGAAUGCACAAGUUUGUGGACCUACACAGUGUGGGCCCCUAGAAAGGCCCGUUCACGGGAGCCCUCGGCGCGACCGCUUUUGCCGACCCUUGUUCACACCCCCUUGGGAGCUGUGGAAACUUCGCAGCUGCGUCUGCAAGCGGCGCUACUUACGCAAUUCGUGGGGCGAGUGCAUCCCCCGGCUAAAGUGUAUACCUUGCAAGUUCAAAUGGCAGCGGGAUUAUCGUACAUGCGCACCGGGAUGUCCAGCAACCUGCCACGAGACAUUUAGGACGUCCUGCAACGUACCCUGUACAGACGGAUGCGUCUGUCCUCCGGGUUGGGUUGUGCACCCAAAGUACCCCCGGAAGUGUGUCAAAGCCCACAAGUGUCUGCCGAGAUGUCCACCUCAUUCAAGUUACCAAGCCUGUGUUUCCACUUGCCUGCCUAAGUGCGGUCAAACGCCACCCACGAAGUGCCACGUUAUUUGCGACAGAGGAGCCUGUAUUUGCAAAAAGGGCUACCUUGAGUACGAGCAAAAUGGGGAAAAGACUUGCGUGCUCCAGGCAUUGUGUCCUUGGAAUAAUCGCACUACACAUCUGUUUAGUCCUAACGCAACUGAGCACACUGGCACCAUAGAGGGAUCAGCAACAUCAGGGGCAUUCAUCAGUGACACAGAAAGUGUUCCAGGACAACCAGAACACGCAGGCCAUGGUUUCACUAUUUCCAGGGUCCCCACUAAUGUUACGUCGACACACCUACUGGGCACUUCAAGUGAAAAUUCAGGUCAUGGCGCGGUUACCUCGAGUGGAGGUAGCGAAUCACUGUUAUCAGGCGGAGGCCGAAUAGGCAGCGCAGGUCUCGAUACCCGACUCGAGAACCCAAUAAGUACAGGUAGACAUGUCCUUAUUGGUACAUCAAGGAACACAGAGGUUGCAGUUGCAAGUGGCUCCUCGGGGUUUGAAGAGGCUACAGCUGGGGCGCACUCAAAUAGUGCACCCCGCAGCAGCCCAGAAAGAGUAGUCGAGAGCGUCACGGCAUCUGUUAUUGCUGGUAGAUUACCGAAUUCAAGGCCAACAGUGACACUUGCUUCCUCUGGAGUUGGAAAAGCUACCAUCGGGGUGCCCUCAGGUGGUCUGCUGAACUCAGGCACCACAGGAAUACCUCCCAUUCCCACCACUGACACCGAAUCUGCAAGGGAAAACACCCAUCUUAUCAUUCCAGGAAACACGGGGUCGGCAGCCCCAGGUGGUUUCUCGGAAGUUGCCGAGGCAGCUUCUACUUCAUCUAACACUAUCCACCAAGACUUAGCCAGUACCGCCAGCAGUUUUGUCGAACUUGCUGGAAGAAAUAUCUUUCGCAGUAACUUAAGGAAUGGCAUGGUUCCAGGCACAGCAGGUCCCUCAAGAGUUGCUGAGGCUACCUUGCGGGCAACCUCAACUGGCACAGUGCCACCGAGCUUCAGAAGUAUGACAGGUCUUACCUUUCAGCCUGAAGAGGCAGAAGUCCGGGAUCCCCCAGACUCGUAA